GUGUUCUAUAAAUUGAAAUAUAUAUUUUACGAAUUUAAAAUAUGGAUAAUUGGUUAAUUGGUGGUGGAGAAACGUGGAAAUGGAAUUGGACAGAAUUAUGUGGGUACCAUGAGGACUUUAGGCCUUUAAAUUCAAAUACACAUGAUCUUGAUGUUUGUUUUCAACAACUUUGUCUUCAGAUUCCAGUUUUAAUCUGCAUUGCUAUAAUAUCUGCAUAUUACUGUGGCAAAAGAAAUGCAUAUGUUACUCGCCAUUUUAAUUCUAAUUAUGCUAUAAAUUUUAGAAUUAUAAUUACAAUAUGUCUUAUAAUCCUUCCUAUACUUAGAGCUUAUAUUAUUCUCACUAAUAGUAUUCCUGUAUCAUCGGAAUAUGUACCAACUACUAAUGCAAUACAGGAAUAUGUUACAUCAUCGAGUAAAACACCAGAUGCAUCUUUGGAAAGUUCAAAUAUAUUACACCAGAUACGAAAUGAAUGGAAUCGUACUAUUGACUUUGCAAAAUCAAUCUUUUUUCCACAGCAUAGUAUUCAGAAUACUACAGAAUCUUCUGUUAUUUCCAAUACAGAAGAAUACAGUCCAAUAUUAACUGGAGUUAAGAACACUGUCUUAUCUGCUAAACCUAUUGAUUACCUUGUGGCAGGUACAGAAGGAUUAGCCUGGGUUGUUCAUCUUUGUUUUAUAUUUAGUUUAAGAGGAGGAAGGAAUUUUAAUCCACGUGGUCCUGUAGCAAUUCGUGCAUUAAUAUUUUUGUUGACUGUUAUUUCCAUAUUGCUACUACGAAGUCAUGUAAAUCACAAACCUGAAAAUGAUGUUUUACCAAAUUUGUCACUGGGAUUUAGUAUCAGUGUAGUCACUCUACUAAUAUUCUAUGCUAUAACACUGAUACCAGGACAUAAUAGUUUACGAGACAUGAGGACAUCUCAAUUUAAUGAAAUAGGAGAACGGACUGCACUGUUGAAUAGUCCUAAUUCUUCUUACGUAAGAUUUCUUGAAGAACAGGAUCCAAUUUAUCUUGGAACUGCUAUGGAGAAUGCAACCGCAACAUCUAAACUUACAUUUCAUUGGGUAAACCCACUAAUGGAAAAAGGUGUUCGUGGUUUAUUAAAUCAUUCAGAUGAUUUAUUUGACUUACCAGAAUAUAUCAAUACUAAUGCAAUCAAUCAGAAGAUUGAUAAACAUUUCCAAAAUGUGACUAGCAGUAGAAUUAAUACAAUGGAAAAUUCUGAUUCAGCAUUAGAAACACAUGUUCAAACGAUUAUAAAUAAAAUAACUUUACUUAACUUAUUACAUAAAUGCUUUGGUUGGGAAUUUUAUUCUAUUGGAAUAUUAAAAUUCAUUACUGAUUCUACUACAUUUAUGGGACCAUUGUUAUUGAAUAAAUUAAUUGGUUUUAUUGAAGACAAAAAUGAAACUAUUUUAUAUGGAUAUCUAUAUGCAUCAUUAAUAUUUAUAAGUGCUUUAAUUGGAGCUUUCUGCAACACUCAUUUCACAUUUUGGGUGUCUAUAGUGGGUUUAAAAAUUCGUUCUACAGUUAUAACUUUGUUAUACAGAAAGAUUUUGCACUCUCCAAAUGUUGAACUGAAGCAACAAUUUAAUUUGGGUGAAAUUGUUAACCUUAUGAAUACAGAUAGCGAUAGACUUAUUAAUAGCUGUGCAAGUUUUCAUGCAUUUUGGAGCAUACCAUUACAAUUAAUUGUGACACUAUAUCUUCUUUAUAAGCAAAUAGGAGUGUCAUUCCUAUCUGGAGUUAUAUUUGCAAUAGUGCUUAUACCUAUAAAUAAAGUAAUAGCAAAUCAAAUUGGAAAAUUUAGUACAAAACUAAUGAAAUACAAAGAUCAAAGAGUGAGACUUAUAGGAGAAACAUUACGUGGAAUAACUACAAUUAAAUUAAACGUGUGGGAAGAUCACUUCUUACGAAAUAUAUUAAAAUUACGUGAAAACGAGAUUAAGUAUUUACGCAGAAGAAAAUACUUAGAUGCUUUGUAUGUUUACUUCUGGGCUACAACACCAGCCUUUAUUUCCAUACUAUCAUUUACUACAUAUGUACUUCUUGGAAAUAAGCUUGAUGCAAAAACUGUAUUUACUAGUAUGGCAUUGUUGAACAUGCUAAUACUUCCACUAAAUGCGUUUCCAUGGGUGUUAAAUGGUCUUACAGAAGCUUGGGUAUCACUUAAGAGAAUUCAGAGAAUGUUAGAUUUACCAGAUGUCGAUAUGACAUCAUAUUAUGCCAAACCCCCUCCCGGAAUAGAUUUAAUGCUUCAAAAUGUAACGAUAAGAACAAAUCAAAAUGUGGAGCAAAAUGAUCUCCAUACAUGUCAAAAUGUCUUAAGCCCAUCUAGUAGUUCAGAGUCUCAAAAGACUGCUGCCUUUGAAGACAAUGGUACUUUUAGUUUACAUGACAUUAAUAUUACAAUUCCAAAGGGGCAUUUAAUUGGUAUUAAGGGAGAAGUAGGUAGCGGAAAAUCGUUACUUUUAGAUGGUAUUUUAGGUGAAAUAUUUAAAGUUCAUGGUACAAUAGCAGUACAUGAUAUAGAAAAGGGUUUUGCAUAUGUAAAGCAAACUCCAUGGUUACAACGUGGUACAAUUCGAGAUAACAUUCUUUUUGGAAAGUCAUAUGAUUAUAACAAAUACACGAAUAUUUUGAAAGCAUGCGCACUCAAUACUGAUAUAAAUUCCUUGCCUAAGAAAGAUCUAACACUUAUCGCUGACGCAGGAAAUACGUUAAGUGGAGGUCAAAAAACAAGAGUUUCUUUGGCGCGUGCUGUAUAUGCAGAUAAAGACGUUUACUUAUUAGAUGAUGUUCUAGCGACUUUAGAUCCAAAAGUCGCCAAUUAUAUAUUUAAAAAUGUUAUUUUAGGCUUAUUGAGUACUAAAACAAGAUUAUUAUGUACUCAUCAAACUCGAUACUUAAUGUAUGCAAAUCAAGUAAUUGAAAUGUCAAAAGGCGAGAUCAUUAAUCAGGGUAAACCAAGCGAUGUUUUAUCUGAUUUAGAAGAUUAUUUGUUAUCUUCAGAAUCUAUGACGUCAAAUUUAAAUGAUCUAUCCUCGAAAGAUUUACCAAAAGAUUCGUAUUUAGUUAAUAGGGCAGAAAAAGAUUCCUUGCUCGAUGAAGAAUAUAAAGAAAAAGGCAUAGUACGAUUAGGAGUGUAUAGUUGUUACAUAAAAGCAAUAGGCUAUUAUUUAGCAAUUUCAAUAAUCCUCUCUAUGAUCUUAAUGCAAAGUUCCAAAAAUGUCACGGAUUUAUGGCUUUCUUAUUGGGUUACUCAUACUAAUACAACUACAAAUACCACAAAUAGUUCAACAUCUUUGCGUCUGCAAUAUUUCUUCGACGAUCAUAACAUGAGCACUAAUUAUUAUUUAACGGUGUAUGCAGUGUUGACUGUGCUCAAUACAUUAUUCACAUCAAUGAGGGCGUUUAUGUUUGCAUACGGUGGAAUUCAGGCAGCUAUUUCUAUACAUAAACAACUUUUAAAGGUUGUAAUACGGGCUAAAGCUGUAUUUUUCGACAUUCAACCUUUGGGUCGAAUUCUAAAUAGAUUUUCAUCUGAUACGUAUACAGUCGAUGAUAGUCUUCCUUUUAUUGCUAAUAUAUUAUUAGCUCAGCUAUUUGGCCUGGUAGCAACGAUUAUUGUUAUAGCUUAUGGAUUGCCGUGGAUACUCUUGGUAUUAGCGCCGUUGAUACCGAUUUACCAUUGGAUUCAAAAUCACUAUAGAUUAGCAUCGAGAGAAUUAAAGCGUUUAUCCAGUGCUGCACUUUCACCGUUAUAUGCUCAUCUUAACGAGACCCUACAUGGAUUAUCUACUAUUAAAGCUUUUCGCACCGUAUCCCGCUUUAAACAAGAAAACGAAUUCUUUCUAGAAAUCAGUCAGAAAACUCAGUUUGCAUCGUUUGCUGUCAGCCAAUGGCUUGCAUUAAGAUUGCAACUUAUCGGAGUAGCACUUUUAGCGGGUGUGAGCAAUAUUGCCAUUUUACAACAUCAAUAUGAUAUUGCAGAUCCUGGUUUGAUAGGUCUUAUUAUUACUUAUACAUUAUCCGUAACUGGGUUGCUUUCUGGCGUAGUAAAUUCAUUUACCGAAACAGAGAAAGAAAUGAUCGCGGUUGAACGCGUAAAGCAGUAUUUAGAAAAUGCUCCGGUUGAAAGUGUAAGAGGUGAUAAUCCUCCGUAUGCUUGGCCGAGUCAAGGUGUAGUUGAAUUUAAAGAUGUCGUUUUAAAGUACAGAGAGCAUUUAGUGCCAUCUUUGAAUGGUGUGUCGUUUAUUACGAGACCGGUAGAAAAAAUUGGUAUUGUUGGUCGUACUGGAGCUGGUAAAAGUUCCUUAUUUGCUUCAUUGUUUAGAUUAACGGAAAUAACUUCCGGAAGCAUAUUAAUCGAUAAUGUAAAUAUAGAGAGUCUGCAGUUAAAUGCAGUAAGGUCUCGAUUAGCUAUCAUACCUCAAAAUCCAUUUCUAUUUUCGGGUACGAUUCGGGAGAAUCUUGAUCCGUUAAAUCAAUAUCCAGACUUGCAUAUAUAUAAAGCAGUCGAGAAAUGUAAAAUUCAUUCGUUAGUAUAUCGUUUGGGAGGACUCAGUGCUGCUUUAGACGAAAAUGGUAGCAAUCUCAGUGCAGGUCAAAAGCAGCUAUUGUGUUUAGUCAGAGCAAUUUUACAUAAUGCUAAGAUCGUCUGUAUCGAUGAAGCAACAGCGAACGUUGAUCAAGAAACAGACAGAUUUAUUCAAGCAACGAUAAAGUCAUGUUUCCAGACCUCUACGGUGCUCACUAUAGCCCAUAGGAUAAGGACGAUUAUGUCCUGUGAUAGAAUUCUCGUGAUGGAAGACGGAGAGAUUUUAGAAUUUGACGAGCCAAAUUUAUUAAUUCAAAAUACCAAUUCCCAUUUUUACCAUCUGGCGAGUGAAGAAUUUUCCGACAAAGAAUAA